UUUCAAAUGUGUGCGUCAAUGAUUGCGUACUACGAGAUAAAAAAAAACAAAUAAUAAACGUUUCAUUUUCGAUCUAUUUAUCAUAUGUACUUGUAAUGUUUUCAACAGUUAUUCUAAAUUUUAGAGUUAAUUUUAUAAUAUAGAUUGAAAUGCAUAAUACAAUUGGAAAUCUAAACAACAAACAUUUAAUGUAAAAUGCAUCUGUAUUUCAUUAUCUACACAAUUAUUUCUUUACGUUGUAUUCUAUCAGUAAAUUCGUGGCAUUUACGAAAUAAACAAAUAUCUCCCAUUAUAUUUGUUCCAGGCGAUGGCGGUAGUCAAAUUGAAGCAAAACUCAACAAAACAAAAGUGGUACAUUAUUUAUGUGAAAAAGUAUCUACCGAAUAUUUUAAUAUCUGGUUAAAUUUAGAAUUACUUGUUCCAGUUAUUAUAGAUUGCUGGAUUGAUAAUAUGAAAUUAAUUUAUGAUAAUGUUACAAGAACAACAAGAAAUCAAGAUGGUGUUGAUAUACGUAUACCAGGCUGGGGUGAUCCAUUUGUUGUUGAAUAUUUAGAUCCAAGUAAAGCUUCUCCUGGAGUAUAUUUUAAUGAUAUUGGUAAUAUGUUAGUUAAUGAGCUUGGAUAUGUUAGAAAUCAUUCUAUACGAGGUGCACCAUAUGAUUUUAGAAAAGCACCUAAUGAAAAUGAAAUAUUUUUUAAUAAAUUAAAAAAUUUAAUUGAAGAAACAUAUAAUAUAAAUAAACAAGUACCUGUGACAUUAUUAGCACACAGUAUGGGUGGACCAAUGUCACUUAUAUUUUUGCAACGUCAAUCUCAAAAGUGGAAAGAUAAAUAUAUUAAUUGUUUAAUUACUCUUUCAGCUGUUUGGGGUGGAAGUGUUAAAGCACUUAAAGUUUUUGCAAUUGGAGAUGAUUUAGGUGCAUAUCUUUUACGCCAAAGUAUUCUUAAAGAUGAACAAAUAACUAAUCCCAGUUUAGGCUGGUUAUUACCAUCACGAUUAUUUUGGAAAGAUACAGAAAUAUUAGUACAAUCAGAACAAAAAAACUAUACAUUAUUAACAUUACAAGAUUAUUUAAUAGAUAUAAAUGUUCCAAAUGGUUGGGAAUUUAGAAAAGAUAAUGAAAAAUAUCAGUUAAAUUUUACUGCACCAGAAGUUGAAGUGCAUUGUCUAUAUGGAAGUGGUAUAGAUACAGUACAAAGAUUAUAUUAUAAAUCUGGUACAUCAAUAGAAGGAAUUCCUCAAUUAAUUCCUGGUGAUGGUGAUGGUACUGUAAAUUUAAGAAGUUUAGAAGGUUGUAAAUAUUGGCAAGGUAAACAAAAACAAAAAGUUUAUUCUCAAGUCUUUCCUAAUGUAAAUCAUAUGGACAUUCUUAAAAAUAAUAAUGUCUUGAAUUAUAUUAGAACUCUUUUAAAAGUAUGAUGUUAUUCAUAUUCUCUCAUGUAUAAUUUUUAGUAUAAUGAUCAAAUUAAAUAUUUAAAUUUAAAUAUUUAAAUUAUAAUAAAUUGUAUAAAUAUGAUAAUAAUAUCUUCUAAUAAGAAGUUGCAAUUAGAAAUAAUAUUAUAUCAAUUAUAUAUCUUUAUAGAAUAAUAUUCUAUCAAUUAUAUAUAUGUAUUAAUAUGUUUUAAAAUAGAUUAUUAAUAUUUUUUAUCUAC